ACAUUUUGAAGAGCUCCAUUUAAUCAGAAUGUUUCAAAAAAUCUUUUUUAUAAAAGAUUUUCUUUUUUGAAAGAUUUUAAUUGAUUCAAAUUGAGCUUUUAUAUCGUCUUUUGCACCAUUGCUCUCUAAACACAAUCAUCCUACUCGAUACCUACUCGAGUAUUGUUGUGUCGUAUCGUAUCUCUCUCUCCCUCUCUCUCUCUCUCUCCCUCCCCGUCUAUUCGCUCUUUUUUACAAAAAUCCUUGUUACUGUACCAGCCCAAAGCCACGAAAGGAAGCACGACACGCUAAUUCCUACCCACAACAAGCGAAGUGCCUAGCAACCUUGGAAGCUCUGACACCUCUUUAGCAAGUCUUCCUCACACAUUAUUCCACCCUUCAUUCAUCAUCCACAUCCACAUCCCACAACCCAUAAACAUCAACUCAUCCUACCCAUAAACAAAUCAAAAGAUACUACACCUCGACCUUUCGACCUUCAUGUUCUUGAUAGCCUUUUAGGUAUUUGCCAGCAUUAGAUCCAUCUCGGUAUCUUGUUUGUUCAAUCGUUCAAGUUCUUUCGGUUCCGUGUACAAAUUCAAAAAAAGUUCAAUUCUUCAUCUGUCAACAAAGUCGAUAUAUCACAACCCCAAUUCUUCAUAUCGUCAAUUACACGUCGGGAUCCACUGGAGGUCUAACCCAUCUUCAUGUACGUAUAUCCCUCUAUCUUAUACAUCUUGUUGUGGUCGUCACUUCACGUCUUCAUGCCGAUGUCUUCAAUAUUCAUCACGCGCUUCCAACAUAUAUAUAUAGACCGCGUCUUGCUGACCAUCUUUCUUUUAGCGACCCACCCCAUCAUUCUCUCCACAACACUCCACACAUAAUAGUUAAUAUAACACAUCGUCAAAUAUGCCAGUCGUAUGUACCCCAGACACCACAUAGUUCCAUUCCCAAAACUAUGAGUUCUUCAAUUGGUCACAAUUGUCCAAUUGAUUAGUGCUAAUCAUGUGUGCAAAUAGAGUCGAGCAACUAGCCGUCGGGCCCCUACAAAUGAGAACGAUGAGAAUGUAGCUGGUGUCACAACUCGUCUUACCAGAUCUAAAUCUGCAGCUUUUACCACAGAGGAGGUUACCGGUGCCGUUAAGAAGCCACUUGCAAGCAAGAAAUCAACCGCCAAUACACAACCACUCCGAAAACGAGCCGCAUUGGGAGAUGUAAGCAACGUUGCCAAAGGAGGUGAUGCCGUUGAAGCAAAGAAGCCUGCUGCCAAGAGCGGACUAGUUUCAAAGGCUUCUCAGCCAACUGGCGUCACCAAAAGCAGUACACGAUCAGCCCUCGGAGCUAAGGAUGCAAAUAAGAAGUCAUUGAGCAAGGCGGCUGGGUCGGGUGUAAUGAAGAGAAAGACUGCUGCAGCUGCAGCUACAAUAGCAGCCUCAGUCAAGGAAGAAACACCCGUUGAAGAUGAACAGCCAUCCCGAAAGAAGGUUCACAUUGAAGCAGAAAAGCGAAUCAAGCAAAGCGAAGUUGUCGAGGAGAAGGAGAACGAAUCAGAGGCUAUCGUUGAGCCAGAGCCAAAGGAAUCUGUCAGACUUGAGUUCGCCGAAGGUGUACGCGACUUGGAUGCCGAAGACAUGGAUGACCCCUUGAUGGUGGCUGAGUACGUCGUUGAGAUUUUUGAAUACUUGAAGAAGUUGGAGGUCGCUACCAAACCUAACGAAAAGUAUAUGGCACAUCAAGAGGAUCUGGAGUGGAAGAUGCGCGGCAUCCUUGUCGACUGGCUGAUUGAAGUUCACACACGUUUUCACCUUCUCCCGGAAACUUUGUUCCUCUCUGUCAACAUCAUCGACCGCUUUCUCUCCACUAAGGUUGUUCAACUUGAUCGUCUUCAACUCGUUGGCGUUACCGCCAUGUUCAUUGCCUCCAAGUACGAAGAAGUCCUCUCGCCCCACGUUGCCAACUUUCGUCACGUCGCCGAUGAUGGAUUCACUGAGGCAGAAAUCCUCAGUGCCGAACGUUACGUUCUCAGUGCUCUCAACUAUGAUUUGAGCUAUCCCAACCCCAUGAACUUCUUGAGACGUAUCUCUAAGGCUGAUGACUACGACAUCCAAACCCGUACAUUGGGUAAGUACUUGAUGGAGAUCAGUCUUCUCGAUCACCGAUUCAUGAAGUAUCUCCCAAGUCACGUAGCCGCCGCAUCCAUGUAUCUCGCCCGCCUUAUCCUUGAGAAGGGUGAAUGGGACCCAGUGUUGACUCACUACUCCGGAUACAGUGAAGAUGAGAUUGAACCUGUCUUUCAAUUGAUGGUUGAUUACCUUGCUCGUCCUGUUACCCAUGAGGCAUUCUUCAAGAAGUAUGCUAGCAAGAAAUUUUUGAAGGGCAUGUACUUCCAAAGCAUUUUUAUUCGAAUAUGACUAACAUUUCCUAGCUUCAAUCCUUACCAGACAAUGGGCUAAGAAACAUGCAUCUCUUUAUGGUAUUGAUGUUACUCAACCUUUAGAAUCUUAAUAGAAAUUAUGACACUUACCCUAUUACUACCUGCUCUCCCCUGGAUACACCCUUUGCUUUUUAAUUAGUUGGGAUACGAAAUGGUACUUACGACGGAUGAUGGACCGGACUACCAAAUAUACCACACAUUAUCCUGGUCAAUGGUCUGGCUUUGGUUUAUGUCGAUGCUUCUCGGGGCGUCGAGUGAUAUCUUUCUUGCUCAGUUGGGUUUGGUGCAUACUCUUUUUUUAACAUGAAUCUGGCGUUUAAGUCUGUAUGCAAAUGGAUCUUACAGUAUCGGCGUCUGGGAAUUUGAUGUUUGAUUCCACAAUUUGCUCGAUGUUUUGCAGCAAAUGUUCUGGCUACAAGCAUAUAGCAGGAAACUAUUGGCAGUUUGGCUCCAUUGCUGUCAUGAGGUGUGAAAAGUGGAGGGGGGGGGUUUUAUUUCUUGUGUCGGUAACAUGAAAUAGCUUUUGUAGAUAUAUUUUUAAGCGCAAGAAUAACCAUCACGAAUUAUAAAUACA